GUUUUUACUGUUAUACACCCAAUCCGUAAUCCAGUUCGGGUUUCUACCACGUCAUCUAGUGUGCCGGUUCGGCUAUUCUUCAGAUUCAUCUAGGAGCUUGAACCUACAACAGCUGUGUGUAUUCACUCCAUGUGUUCUGCCAAUAAAGAACGUGUAUACGAAGCUGAACGACUCAGUGUUUAUACAUCUUCGUACAAUGUUGAUGUGACCAAAGAAGAGAGAGCGGAAAAGGCAAAAUGCAUCACGUCACGAUAUCUGUGGUGGGAAUGACUUGUAACUCGUGCGUGCAGACCAUAGAGCAGCAGAUUGGAAAGUUACAAGGAGUCAGCAAGAUAAAGGUAUCACUUGAAAACCAUAAUGCUGCUAUUGUGUACAACCCAGAGAUCCAAAGCCCGGAGACCCUGCAGGAAGCAAUCGAUGAUAUGGGAUUCGAAGCUGCUCUGACCGACGCAGGCCCAGUGCCUGUCCCACCAGAAUCUGCCCACCACACGCAUUCCAUUCUCGCUCCCCAGCCUUGCCCGCAGAUCGGAAACCAAGCACCCACCGUGCAACAUGCGGAGAGGAAAAAGCCACCAGAUCCGGUCAAUGGUGCAUUGCCUUCCACCUCCACUGCACCAAGUCUCAGUGAUAAUAUUGUGGGCGUGGCUGGCGACGGUUUUCUCGUUGAUAGGAAGCUGCCGGCGGCUGAGGACAUCAAGUUGGAUCAAGGCGGCGGCGGUGGCAGUGAGAUGGUGGUGAAGAUGCGGGUUGAAGGAAUGACCUGUCACUCCUGCAGCAGCACCAUUGAAGGCAAGGUCGGCAAACUGCAGGGGGUUCAGCGUAUCAAAGUUUCCUUGAAUAGCCAGGAGGCGACAAUUGUGUACGAACCCCACCUCAUCACACCAGAGGACCUCAGGAGUCAGAUCGAAGGUGCCGGCUUCUUUGCUACAAUCAAGGCCAAGGCCAAACCCAUGAAGCUGGCUGUUGACAUUGAACGUCUAAUAAAUGCGACUCAGGCAUCAAAAGCUGCUCCGCAGGAAGUGACUAACAAUCGAACAAAUCUAAUCCUCCGAAUAGAUGGCAUGCACUGCAACUCCUGUGUCACUAACAUUGAAAGUAACUUAUCGGAACUUCCCGCUGUUCAUAAAGUCAAAGUUUCUUUGGAAAAUAAGAACGCAACCAUCCAAUACAACCCAACCAUGAUAACUCCAAAUGCCUUACGGCAAGCUGUCGAGGCUUUGCCUCCGGGAAAUUUCAAAGCUUUGAUCCCUGAUGAUGGUCUGCCUGCUCCUGGUGUUAUACAGCAUCCUUUAAUAUCUUCACUUCUCGAGCCACCCCUCGAAUCGAGAAAUAAUCCGCUCAGCAGCGUGGCGAUGAUCAAUAUUAAGGGGAUGACGUGCAAUUCCUGCGUGAAGACUAUAGAGGAGAACCUUUCCAAUAGAAGUGGAGUGAUGUCGGUUCAUGUUUCUCUGGCACAGCAGAAUGGGAUGGUGGAAUAUGACCCUCUGUGCACCAAUGCUGAGGAGCUGAGAGACAUGAUAGAUGAUAUGGGUUUUGACGCCAUUCUUCCUGCAAGCUUGGAACCUUCAGUGAUUUUGGACGGUUUGCCCAAAGUGUCCGUAAAAGACAAAAAAAUAAGAAAUGGGACAUGUGAAACCAAAGUUAAAGGAGAGAUGCCGUCACGGGAUUCGAGCAUCACUUCCCAAAAUGCAGAGACUCCGACUCCAGAAAAAUGUUUCAUUCAGGUUACUGGCAUGACCUGUGCAUCCUGUGUAGCGAACAUCGAGAGGAACUUGAAACAGGAAGAUGGUAUAUAUUCUGUGCUGGUCGCUCUCAUGGCUGGGAAAGCGGAAGUGAGGUACAACCCAGCUAUCUUAAAACCCCCAGACAUCGCCGAGUUAAUAAAGGAGUUGGGGUUUGGUGCUACUGUGCUGGAGGACAGCGAUGGAUCAAGUGGUCAUUUGGAACUGAUUGUGCGAGGAAUGACGUGUGCCUCAUGUGUUCAUAAUAUUGAAUCUACACUCAUGAAAACCAAAGGUAUAUUAUAUACCUCAGUAGCCCUGGCCACAAAUAAAGCACAUGUUAAGUUUGAUCCUGAGUGCAUUGGACCUCGUGACAUCAUUAAAUGUGUAAAGGAUCUAGGCUAUGAGGCUUCCUUAGUCAAAAAAGAUCGCACUGCGAGCCAUUUGGAUCAUCGCGAAGAAAUUGGACGGUGGAGGAGAUCCUUCCUGAUCAGUCUAUUUUUUUGUGCUCCUGUGAUGAUCAUGAUGGUAUACAUGAUAAUCGCAGACCAUGCCUUCUACAAGACCCACCAGAACGGCUCGACCACUGACGAGCUGGAGGAACAUCACUCCUCGAUGUUUCUGGAGCGGCAGCUUCUUCCAGGGCUCUCCAUCAUGAAUUUGCUGUCCUUCAUUCUCUGUGUUCCAGUCCAGUUUGUCGGCGGUUGGUACUUCUAUAUCCAAGCGUACAAGGCAUUGAAACACAGAACUGCCAACAUGGAUGUCCUGAUAGUUCUCGCUACAACUGUUGCUUUCUUGUACUCUUGUGUUGUUCUGGCCAUCGCCAUGAUGGAAAAAGCCAAAGUGAAUCCAAUAACCUUCUUCGAUACACCUCCAAUGCUGUUCGUCUUCAUUGGUUUGGGGCGAUGGCUUGAGCACAUAGCUAAGAGCAAGACGUCAGAAGCACUUGCAAAGCUGAUGUCAUUGCAGGCAACUGAGGCAACUAUAGUGAAGAUAGACAGUAACCAUUCCAUUUUAAGUGAAGAGCAUGUUGAUGUGGAGUUGGUACAGCGUGGAGACAUUGUCAAGGUGGUCCCUGGAGGUAAAUUCCCCGUCGAUGGCAAAGUGAUUGAGGGGCAUUCGAUGGCUGAUGAAGCUCUGAUCACCGGUGAAGCGAUGCCUGUCACUAAAAAGCUGGGCAGCAGUGUUAUUGCAGGCUCUAUCAAUCAGCAUGGGUCUUUGCUGAUUGAAGCUACUCAUGUUGGCUCAGAAACCACCCUCUCCCAAAUCGUGAAGCUGGUUGAAGAAGCACAGACCUCCAAGGCUCCCAUUCAACAGUUUGCGGAUAAGUUGAGCGGAUACUUUGUUCCAUUCAUCGUUGGUGUUUCUGUUACUGCUUUGAUUGCCUGGAUCAUCAUUGGAUUUCUCAACUUCGAGCUUGUGGAAAAAUACUUCCCUGGUUACAACAAGAGCUUGUCCCGACCGGAAGUGAUCGUUCGCUUUGCAUUCCAAGCCUCCAUCACUGUGCUGUGCAUCGCCUGCCCCUGUGCGUUGGGACUGGCAACUCCCACGGCCGUGAUGGUGGGGACCGGAGUCGGGGCACAGAAUGGGAUCCUGAUCAAGGGAGGGGAGCCACUGGAGAUGGCACACAAGAUUAACACGGUGGUUUUUGAUAAAACCGGAACAAUCACUCAUGGAACUCCCAGGGUCAUGAACUUGAAGAUGUACGUGGAGAGUGGCCACAUAUCCGAAAUGAAGCUAUUGGCCAUCAUUGGCACAGCAGAAACAAACAGUGAGCAUCCUCUGGGUGUAGCAGUAACCAAGUACUGUAAACAGGAGUUGGGUUCAGAUGUGCUUGGCUCAUGUUCAGAUUUCCAAGCUGUCCCUGGAUGCGGCAUCACGUGCAAGGUCUCCAACAUCGAAACGGCGUUGAAGGGCAAGAACGCCGAAGUGGAGCAGAACAAUGCGCGGAACAUGAUGCUCAUACAGAUCGACGAGAAAAGCUCUGGUGAUGCUUUGCACCCUAUAAUCCAAGAGCCCACAUCAGAGAGCUCAGGGAAAUCUCCGAGCUUUUCAGUACUUAUUGGAAACCGGGAGUGGAUGAAGAGGAAUGGGCUCAACGUCAGUAAAGACGUGGACAGUUGCAUGAUCGAACACGAAAGCCAGGGCCACACGGCCAUACUGGUCGCUGUGGACGGUGUACUGUGUGCAAUGAUAGCAAUUGCUGACACUGUGAAGCCAGAAGCAGACUUGGCUGUCCACACUCUGAGAAUGAUGGGGUUGGAAGUGGUGCUUAUGACAGGAGACAACAGUAAAACAGCCAGGGCCAUUGCUGCACAGGUUGGGAUCACCAAGGUAUUUGCGGAAGUUCUUCCCUCGCACAAGGUCGCUAAAGUGUCCCAGCUACAGAAGGAAGGGAACACUGUGGCGAUGGUGGGUGACGGUGUGAACGACUCUCCAGCGCUGGCAAUGGCUGACGUAGGAAUUGCCAUCGGCACGGGCACAGAUGUAGCUAUUGAAGCUGCAGAUGUGGUCUUGAUUCGGAAUGACCUUCUCGAUGUAGUGGCAAGCAUUCAUUUGUCCAAAAAGACAGUGCAGCGAAUACGGAUAAACUUUGUGUUUGCUUUAAUUUAUAAUAUUGUUGGAAUUCCCAUUGCUGCUGGGGUCUUCCUUCCAGUGGGUUUGGUUUUACAACCAUGGAUGGGAUCUGCUGCAAUGGCUGCAUCAUCUGUUUCUGUGGUGCUUUCAUCUCUUUUAUUAAAGCUUUACAAGAAGCCCGAUCCUGUCAAAUUGGAAGCCAGAGCCCAGGGCCACAUGAAGCAGAGGUCACUCUCGGAAGUCAGUGUGCACAUCGGCAUGGGCGAGGUGAGGCAGGAAUCGCCAAAGUUAAGCCUAUUUGACCGAAUAGUGUACUACAGCCGAGCGUCCAUUAACUCUCUCAGGUCAGAAAGGCGGUCGAUCACCAAUAUCCCACUGCAUGACCCAGACAAACACUCCCUCCUGCUGGGAAGAGACGAAGAUGAUGCAGUUUAACCUGGAUGAACACAAGAGAAUUGCAACUGUGUCGCCAUAGCCUCUGCUCCAGGCUGAUCAACACUUUACUCUGAGUUGGUAAAUUUGAUGCACAGAUUUUUGAUUUACAUUUUUUGUUUUUUUUUGGAGACUUUCGCUUUCAAUACUUUAUUGUUUUCCAGGUUCUCAACCAUCUCCCCCCGCCCCCCCCCCCCCCCCGUACCCUGGGGAGGGGAAAAGGUGGCGUGUACCACAAGCAUCUACCUGUUGUGAUUUGCCAGCAGAGAUCAUGACGGGCUUGUUGAAUGUUAAUUGAACCAUCUUAUUUUUUCACGACGCGAAAACCUGUAACUUAUCCCAUUGAAGGCAGCAGGCUUUACAUGGUCUGAGCUGCCUAUAGUUGUGCGUGUGACUUAUUUAGCCUCUCCAGUGAUUUGAAAUGGUGCCCGUGGCACCCAGCAAGGACCAAAUCCUCAUUCGAGCCGGCUCCUGAUUCUCACACACCCACCUCCUUGUGUUUUUGUUCUAAAUAAAACCUCAUACAAUGUGUAGGACAAACCAAAGUGACCUCAGAAAUCCACGAUUGUAUAUUAAUCCCUAAAUUUGAUAAACGGGUUUGUAGUGUUGUUAUCCCCGCCUAACUCACUACACUGGUUUUGCAAUCGGUGAAAUUAUUUCACUUCAUUCAGCAGGUUCAUAUUCUUGCUGUAAUCAUAAAAGGCAUGUUAAUAUCGAGGUACCUCAUGGCAGGCAUUUAAUGCUGGAUCCAUUUUCCAAACUGUUAUUCAAAAGAGCCUUUACUCAACCGUUUUAAUAAUAUCAAUUUGCACUUUUUUUAAAUUCUGAAUUAUCUAAUGUUGUUCUACACACCAAUCAAUUGUUUAGAAAAGAAAAUGUACAAUUGACACUACAUGCAGUAUCCAAUCUGUUGAUCCACUUCCCAGCUCCCCCUCAGCCCACAGUCUCCGCCUCUUCCUUUCUUCUUCCUGCCCCCCCCCCCCACCCUCACAGCAGUCUGAAGAAGGGUCUCGACCCGAAACGUUGCCUAUUUCCUUCGCUCCAUAGACGCUGCCUCACCCGCUGAGUUUCUCCAGCAUUUUUGUCUACCUUCGAUUUUCCAGCAUCUGCAGUUCCUUCUCAAACAUCCAAUCUGUUGAAAUACUUUUCCUUUGCUCUCCUCCCUCUAUGUUAAAAAUUCUUUCUCCGUGAUAUCUGGAAUUAUUGUUGGUUUUUGCAAGAUAAACCAAUAGUGCAAGCGUUGACCUGAUUCAGCAAUGCUCUCCGCAGCGUCUAUCAAUGAACAGUAGCCCUCAAUAGCUGCCUAUUCCAGACAGCUCGCUGCAUUUUUUAGCAAAUGACAGCUAAAUUCUGGGGGGAAAAAAUCAAAUUUGGAAGGCGAGAAGCGAGAUGGUUUUUUAAUUUUUUCACUUUAAGUUUUGUAAAUAUAUGUAUAUAUAGUUACAUAUCAUGUAAUACAGGAGCAUUUUUUGCUGUGACACAAUGAGGGACUUUAUUUUAUGCAGAGCAAUGAGAAAAUUCUUUCUUCCCAAAGACGUCUUUCGCUUACAUGUCAUAAAUGCUGCUGUUAAACACUUCUUCCAUGUUCCAUGUUCCGACAUCAUGUCUCUCCAGUAUCAAAAUAGUGAUAUUUAAGGUGAAAUGAGCAUGGAUUGAUAAUAAUGGAACUUGUAGAAAGUCACAGUUUAAUCUCUAUAGUUUGUAUGCAAGCUGGAUCGUGCAGCUAAACAAGACCCUUCAUCUCCCUCCGAUGCCUUGUUCUCAAUCUUAGAUUUGUAAGUCUUCAACCACUGCAACUUGCAGACUAGAUUUUAUGACAAUGGUUAUUAGCGACUCAGCCAUUUCCCCCACAGCUUCUACUUUGAAUUACCUAGUUUUGUCAUAGUGUGAAUAUCAAGUCAGACAUAUUAUCAUAUCUAUCUAAUAUUUCCCCUCAGUCUGCUCACUUCAUGAUUCUAAAGAUAAGUAGAUGGUUCACUUUGAGAGUCACUCCCUGGUUUCUCUGCCUGUGUCCAUAUAUCAUUCUGUUGGUCAUGUUUUGUUCUUAUUUUAAAUGCUGAUGUGCAGUCACUCAUCCGGUCUAAUUGGUCUUAAGUUGUCCCAAUUCCUUUAAUUUUUCUUUCCUUUGUUUCCCACUUGCUUCUCCCCUCAACCUUUGUACUGGGAAACCAGAGGUGGCACUUCUAUACAUGGUUACAGGACGGGCAGCUCUUGAGAACAGCUUGUUUAAGAAAGAACUGCAGAUGCUGGAAAAAUUGAAGGUAGACAAAAAAUGCUGGAGAAACUCAGCGGGUGAGGCAGCAUCUAUGGAGAGAAGGAAUAGGAGACGUUUCGGGUUGAGACCCUUCUCUCCAUAGAUGCUGCCUCACCCGCUGAGUUUCUCCUGCAUUUUUUGUCUACCUUUGAGUACAGCUUGCUUAUUUUAUGAUGCGGGAAAUGUUCUUUGAAGGGAGGUUCACAAAUAUUGUCAUCAGUUAAUAGACAAUAGGUGCAGGAGUAGGCCAUUCGGCCCUUCGAGCCAGCACCGCCAU